AUGGCCAAACGUGGUACGCCUGCUCGCGAAUAUGAUCUGUUGGAACAAGUAGGAACCGGCUCUUUUGGCACCGUCCACAGAGCUGUGAAUAAAUCAACGCAUGAAAUUGUCGCCAUUAAAGUCAUGAAGAAAUCGUCUAAAGGGGAUUGCACCAAUGCACGCGAAUACCGAACGUUAAAGCAUCUCGCCCGCCAUCCCAAUAUAGUCAAGUUGUACGAUAGUUAUGCCGGGCCCGCCAAAGAACUCUAUUUCGUCAUGGAAUACAUGGACAGAGGCAACCUGUACCAGUUGAUCAAACAACGACGCGAAGCAGAACAGCCGCUCAAACAUGCAGAAGUGCGCUCUAUCUUGCGGCAGACGCUAACAGCAUUGGCACACUUGCAUCAGCAAGGCAUAUUUCAUCGCGACAUGAAACCCGAGAAUAUCUUGAUCGGUAAAAGAAAUAAUGCAGCUGCACCAAGAUUGACAUCACAUGACCAUUACCAGAAUCACUACAAAAGCACAAGCAACAACGACCACGAAGAUAAUGAUGACGAGGAAGAUGACGACUUGAUUAUUAAGUUGGCUGAUUUUGGUCUUGCUCGCCAGAUUAAGAGUAAACCACCCUAUACCGAAUAUGUCAGCACACGAUGGUACCGAGCACCUGAAGUGCUCUUACAUUCUACGAAUUAUUCAUACCCUGUCGACUUAUGGGCCGUCGGCGCCAUCUUUGCUGAACUCGUCAUGUUAAAACCCAUUUUCCCCGGCAGAUCCGAAAUCGACCAACUCUUUCGAAUAUGCCAAAUACUUGGAAACCCAUUAGGCACUGUCAUGAAACGUCGGCUCGCACCUCUUCUAUCAAAAAAAGCAUCUUCAUCUUCGUCAUCGUCAUCAUCACCGGCGGCAGCAGCAGCAGCAAAAGCAAAAGCAUUGGACCCCCACCAUCAACCCCUUCCACAUUCUCAUCCUCCUUUAAAGCAUGACACAAUGCAGCAGCAGCGGCAUAAGCAGCAGCAGCAGCAUCAACAGCAACUGUACCAUAAGCAUGAGCAUAAAAAGCACCAACAGCAUCAACCACCAGCAUCACCACCUGAUCCUACUCGCGACUGGUCCGAUGGGAUCCGACUUGCCAAUAAGAUUGGCUUUGAUUUUCCCCAGUUACCUCCGAAGCCUUUAUCCACUGUCCUACCUACAGCCACUCAGCCAAUGCUCGACCUCCUUGCGCAGUUUCUAACCUUUGACCCAGCCUGUCGCAUCAACGCAGCAGACGCUCUUGCAUCGCCAUUUUUACGCUGCCGCCGCCACGAUUCUACUACUAGUAGUACUACGCUACCUUCGCCAUCUAUCAUGGAUCACACGAACAACAACAAUAGUGACAACAGUAAUAAUAACAAACAAAACACUCCGCCACUCAAUAACGCUCAGCAAUCCCAACAACAACAACAACGAAAGAGCUUGCUGUGGGCAAAAGGCGUAGCUAUGAAACCACCACCAACACCGUCACAACAACAACAGCAGCAGUCAUCUAUUCCCAUUGGCGGUAAUAAUUUCAAAAUGGCAGGAGGAGCGGGUAGCAUGGCGCAAGAUAUUAGAGAUGUAUUGCGAUUAUCCAAGAGCAAGACUAUAGAUCGGUUACAGCGGAAAAAGCCAUCGUUGACCUCGAUUCGUAUCGCUGCAGCAAACAUUGGGAGAAGUACGAGUUCAUACGACUUUAGCAUAAAUCAGCAACAACAACAAAGACGACGAUCUUCACAAGAGUUAUCGACGUCGACAUCGACCUUUUCCAUUAGAAGAAAGAAACCGCCUUCUUCGGUAGUAGUAGAAGAAAAUGUCAUCGACAUUAGGAACAGCAGCAACAACAGUUCCAGAAACACUACAUCAUCAUCAAGUAGUACUGGCAGCGGUAGUAUCAGAAAAAAGCAAGGGGUAGCAGCAUUUGAUUUGCCAUCCAUACCCGCGCUCUCGCCUAUCCAAAUGUGCUCGGAUUGGGGAACCACUACAAGAGCCGCAUCUCUUGUACAGCAACGAAUGGUGUAA